UGUCCUAAAGGGUCUGAGAAGGAGACUGUGACGGUGGAGAGGUUUUCCACAUCCUAAUGAAUCAGUGAUGGUGGUUUUUCUCUGACUGUUGCCACGGUGAUGGAGGAAGACACCCAGGUGGCUUGUGCUAGCUUCAGUGCUGAGCUGAGUGAAACAAGGAAUUGCAACGGGCUCCAGGUCUUUGUGUGCAGCCUGAACAGGACCAGCCCCCAAACACACCCCAUCCCCUGGCUGCCAUGGGGGCCAGGACCCCUUUGCCUUCUUUUUGGGUUUGCACCUUUGCCGAGACAGGGAUUUUGUUCCCAGGAGGCACUCCUCGGCCCAUGGGAUCUCAGCAUUCCAAGCAACACAGGAAACCUGGGCCCCUGAAACGGGGCCACCGAAGAGAUCGGAGAACAACCAGGAGGAAGUACUGGAAGGAAGGAAGGGAGAUCGCUCGUGUCUUAGAUGAUGAGGGCAGCAACCUGAGGCAGCAGAAGCUUGACCGGCAGCGGGCUCUGCUGGAGCAGAAGCAGAAGAAGAAGCGCCAGGAGCCCCUGAUGGUGCAGGCCAACGCCGAUGGGCGGCCCCGGAGCCGGCGGGCCCGGCAGUCGGAGGAGCAGGCCCCCCUGGUGGAGUCCUACCUCAGCAGCAGCGGCAGCACCAGCUACCAAGUUCAAGAGGCCGACUCGCUUGCCAGUGUGCCACUGGGAGCCGCCCGCCCCACAGCACCAGCCUCAGCCAAGAGGACCAAGGCAGCUGCAGCAGGGGGCCAGGGCGGGGCCUCUAGGAAGGAGAAGAAGGGGAAGCACAAAGGCACCGGCGGGCCAGCAGCACUGGCAGAAGACAAGUCUGAGGCCCGAGGCCCCGUGCAGAUCCUGACUGUGGGCCAGUCAGACCACGACCGGGACGCGGGGGAGACGGCAGCUGGUGGGGGCACACAGCCCAGCGGGCAGGACAUCCGUGCUGCGAUGCAGAGGAAGGGCGUCUCCGGCAGCAUGAGCUUUGAAGAGGAGGAGGAGGAGGAAGAGAACAGCUCCAGCUCCUCCCAACUAAACAGCAACACCCGCCCCAGCUCUGCCACCAGCAGGAAGUCCGUCAGGGAGGCAGCCUCAGCCCCCAGCCCGACAGCCCCAGAGCCAUCAGUGGAUGUUGAGGUCCAGGAUCUUGAGGAGUUCGCACUGAGGCCGGCACCCCAGGGCAUCACCAUCAAGUGCCGUAUCACACGGGACAAGAAGGGCAUGGACCGAGGCAUGUACCCCACUUACUUUCUGCACCUGGACCGCGAGGAUGGGAAGAAGGUGUUCCUCCUGGCGGGAAGGAAGAGGAAGAAGAGUAAAACUUCCAAUUACCUCAUCUCUGUGGACCCAACAGACCUGUCUCGAGGAGGGGACAGCUACAUUGGGAAACUGCGGUCCAACCUCAUGGGCACUAAGUUCACCGUUUAUGACAAUGGAGUCAACCCGCAGAAGGCAUCCUCCUCAACUCUGGAAAGUGGAACCUUGCGCCAGGAGCUGGCUGCCGUAUGCUACGAAACAAAUGUCUUAGGUUUCAAGGGGCCACGGAAGAUGAGUGUGAUUGUCCCCGGCAUGACCAUGGUUCACGAGAGAGUCUCUAUCCGGCCCCGCAACGAGCACGAGACGCUGCUAGCGCGCUGGCAGAACAAGAACACGGAGAGUAUCAUUGAGCUGCAAAACAAGACGCCCGUCUGGAAUGACGACACACAGUCCUACGUACUCAACUUCCACGGGCGCGUCACACAGGCCUCCGUGAAGAACUUCCAGAUCAUCCACGGCAAUGACCCGGACUACAUCGUGAUGCAGUUUGGCCGCGUAGCAGAGGACGUGUUCACCAUGGAUUACAACUACCCGUUGUGUGCGCUGCAGGCCUUUGCCAUUGCCCUGUCCAGCUUCGACAGCAAGCUGGCCUGCGAGUAGAGGCUGCCUCCUGCCCUUGGGGUUGCCCAGCCUGGAGUGGAGCUGCCUGCCUGCGGAGACCGCCCUGCCGACCCCUGUACCUAGGCCUCCUGGCAGACGAACCUUUGGUUCUCAGUGGGCCCCUGGGCCCAGCCAUCCAGAACUGGCUCUGCCUCCGCUGCUGAGGAUGGGUGGGUAUGAAGGGACCAGCGUGAAUUCUUUCUGUGCCCCAAGGUCAGUGUACCCCCUAACUCUUGGGCUAGUAUCCCGCUGCAGUCACAUUUGCCAAGCUGGGCAGCCCCUUCAGCCAGGGAGGCGGGAGGAGGGAACACAAAGUAGGGCUGCUGCCCAGAUGUCGGAUGAUGACGGGUCCCCAGCAGUGAGGGCACAGUGAGCGUGUGUGUUAGUGUGCAGGGCAUGUCAGCUUUACACGGCCAAGGGCUCAGUAGCCGAGCCUGGCUCUGACAACUGCAGAAAGUCCUGCAACUUGCAAAGGCCUCAGCCCGGCCUGGGAGGAGCUACAAGGGUGAGAAAAGGUGAGUGAUGGGACCUCGUCAGGACCGCAGGGGCCCCGUUGUGGCUGUGGGAAUGGGCUGGGGUGGGGGCAGGGUUCAAGUUGAUUUGACUUUGAUAGGAUUUCUCUGUAUGCACAGAGGUGGCAGGAGGCCAGGUGUCUUAGAGGAGGGGCCCGCGGGGCCCAGGCUCAGCACGCAGGUAGGGCAGGGAACAGGGCUACCUGGAGCCCCGCCAGCUGCCCCAGGAAUGCUGUACUGAGCAGCCCCUGCACAGACCUCGGGGCGCCAGCCCAGACUGCACAGGCACGAGUGCCUGGGGCUCCUGCCUGUGCUUCAGUCCCCGCAGCAGUCAGCCUGGGCCGUGGUUGCUGAGGGCUUGUGUGUGGUCUCCUUAGCUGGGAAUGGGAUGGGGGAGGGGAGCAGGGGAUAUCUUAGAAUCACAAGACAUCAGAGGUGGCAGGAUCCUUAGUAUCUAGAAGGUGGCGCUUGCCCUGGGUCCCCUGGCUGGGUAGUGGCAGAAUUCAGAACUUUAGCUCCCUUGAUUUCCUUGUUCCCACCCUCCCCCAAGAAACUGCUCUCUCGCUUUCCUGGGUCCGGUCUGCAUGCCGUUGUGUGCAUUUCCAGAGACUUAGAAAUGUCAAGAGUUGAUGAGGUUGAAACCAUUUCAGUAGGAAAUCGGGCAGUUCCCUGCUGAAAGCUGUCUGGUUUUGCAGUCCCCGAUCAGGCCAGGCCUGGGUCUGGCUUCCCCCCGCGGGCAGGGCUUAGCAAGGCUGCUGCCCAUCUUCCUCUCGGGGUGACACGUGGGCUGUGCGCGGUCGGGCCUGAUCUCUCCUCCUCAGGUGGCACCAUCUACUCUGAAGGCUUGGGGACUCCUGUGUUUUUGUCACUUACCCCGACCGGGGCUACUUGCCCAGAUGGAGAGCAGAAACUAGUGGGAAGCAGGCAGUAGUUCCUCACUUCAGAGCAGACAGACGUGCUUGGAAAAACUACAUAGGAAUUGGUUUUUUAAAGUCAUACUUUAAACAUGUUAGCGGGGCUCUGAGUGAGGUGAAGGAGUUGUUUUGACUUCAGUGGAAUAGUGCGCCCUCACCUCCUGGUAUCCUGGGUCUCCGGUGUGGCGCGCUUGGAGCAGGGCGUACCGGUUCUAGCAGGGGUCUGCCUGUGCCGGGGGCAUUCGUCUCUGUGAGCGAUCCAGGUUUUGUUCACAUGGCCUAGUUUCUAGACACUCGACCUGGGGCCAUCUUGAGGGCAUCAGCACUUGUACUGGAGCUGGUCCACUUCCCAGUGAAACACUGUAGGGCCGUCCUUCCUCCUUUUCUGUAGUCCCAGUUUGGCUCUUCCUUUCCUGACUUUGGGAGGAGAGACCUGCUGACAUUUGGAAUGAUGGAAACUAGGUGAUCUCUGAAGUCUAGUCAGGCUGUUUCUCUGUCUACAGUUUUAAGGUAGAACAAGCUAAUUUGGAUCCUCAUGAGAGGUGGGGUCCUGGUGGCAGAGUUGGAAAUUCAUCAGAAGCACAAUGGGAAACUUGCCCUCUGCUUUCUCCUCUCGUAUUCAGGACGGAGGUUGAAGGAGUAUUUUGGUGGGGUCUGGAAGGUGGGCUGAGAUCUCCAGCCCGGGCCUAGAGAAGGGGAGCUCAGCAACAGAACCCUCUGUUGGGCAGUGACAAGUAAGAGCAGUUGAGUCACCCAGCCUCACAAGGUCUAUUCUUAAGACCCCAUGCCUGGUGAUGCUGGCUUUCCUUGACCACUGGCUUCACAGCCAUGGGCCCAAAGACUCAUAAAGCUGCCAGGGCCCCUGGGGCUCAGCCUCUCCCAUAGUAAGAGUUCUGGUCCUUCAUACCCUCUACCCAGACGGUCCUCAGUUGGGCAGGGAACUUGGUGAUGGAAAGAACAGUCCCAAAGGGUGGUGGGUAGCUAGGACCUUAGGCAGCUUCUCUGUAACUGCUCCCAGUGCCACACCUCAAAACAAUGCCCCAAAACAGUUCCACAGAGCAGUGAAGUUCACUUCCCCAACUCUUCUCCAAUUUCAGCUUUUUUUCCCCCUUCUGGCUCCAAGGUGCUCUGUGUUUGUCUGUGUCUCUGUAUUUGGGGCAAAGGGCAAUCUGCAAACAAUCAACCGAGGUUUCCUAUUACGAUCAUACGAUCAUACGAUCAUUUCUACGGGUGAGUAGGAAAGGACUAAGGAUACAGGCAUGAUCACAUGUGGAUUUUGUUCAUUCAUUUCAUGCUCUUUGAUCCGAAAGUGUACCUGGUCUCCCAAGUCUUUCUGCCACGUUUCUGACUGGGGAGACACCAUCCAAAAAUGUUUUUCAGUUCCCGGUCCGCAUAAGCUGAGGAAACUGGUGUGUUGCAUGCAUGCUUUUGGAUGAAUUUGAACAUCUUGUAGUUGAACGUGCCUUAAAAAUCAUGACACCAAUUCCGAAGGAGCACGUAGGGUCCAGACCUGUGCUGAGGACAGGUGUUAGGAGCCCGGGAGCGUGAGCGCCACAGGCUAGAAGAGAACCUUUGGAGCCCACCUCCUUUAGUGACAGGGCAACAAAGCUGUAGAAGCAGACGUUUUUCUUUGCUCUGGAAAUAGCAAGGCACUUACCUCUAAAUGGAUUUACUGUCUAUUUAGAGGCAGUUGUGAAUUUAAUAAGCCACACUGAUGAUUUUACACUAAGCUGCCCAUCCUUUCCUUACAGUGGGGCCUGCAGUGAGGGGAGAUGCUGGGUUGGCCAUGCCUGUGGCUCUGUUUUGCAAGCACAAAUUCCAUCUAGGAGUCCCUGCUUUCCCCUUACUGCAGUAACACUGGCCUCCCCUCUCUGUAAGCCUUCACCCCAGCUGAGAUACCCCCGUCACCUCAGGAUGCCAAGAGCACACUUUUUUUCAUAUACUGAAUGAGUCUUCUUUCUUGUGGUGUCCAGGACAGAGUACGGCCUGACUCCCCUGCACUCAGCCCAGUGCUGGGCCCCGGCUUGUAGAACUGUAGCUGCCCCCAGGAACAGGCCAAAGGACGGGCUCUUGUUUGAGUGUACUGGUCACCUGUCCUUCCACAUCUCCAGUUGGCAGUUUUCUGUCAUCUCAGGGUAUGUGGGGAGAGGUUCAGCAGGAGUACUGGGACAGGUUUGCUUUUUUCACCCAAGUUGGGAGGCAAGUUAGUUGGUCUUACAGAAAGCACUACUAUACUUAGUGACCAAGUGAUUUGAGCAACAAGUAAUUUUUCUAGGUCUGUUUUCUCGUCUCCACAGUCGGGAGGUAGGACUGUUACAGCUUGCAGUGGGACUCAGGGUGAGUGGAAGUUGGUCCUUGUUUUCAUCACUUUCUAGCUCAUCACUGUGCCUUUUAUCUUUCCUAAGAAAGAUGUCACACCCCUUUCCUCUUCUAUUCUUCCGUCCCUCCCCAACCUUCACCAUUAAGGUCCAGGCAGAGCUGGAGAUUAGGCCGAGAUCUGAGUUUCCUAGAGAGGGACAGAGUGGCUUAGAAAGGGAAGCCCAACUCUGGCCUCUAAUCCUCCAUUUGGUGACAAAGGGGACUUAGGAUGGGUGAACCUUCUCUUGUUGGGAGCAUACAUUUAGCCAGUUUUCAUAAUGCCUAGGAUGUGUAUGUCUAUUUGCACAAGAUUGUCUUUUCCUAUUUUGGAGUGGUCAGACAUUUUAUUUUUGUUCAAAAUUACCUGGAGUUUUAGACAAACUUGCAAAACUGUGCUUUUAUUAAGUGACUUUUUGAAUAAACUCUUUGGUAUUCUGGAGCAGAUAUAUGUAUUUAUUGGUAUGUGCAAUGACAGAGUUGGUAUUUUCCCAUGUUGACAUCAUGUAUGUUGUAGAACUUAGUGUUUGUCUCAGUACAGACCCUAUACCAAAUUAAACUUGAAAUGUUUCAACA